GUGACGCUGCUCACAGCUUUUUGCUUCUUGACUCAACUCAUCUCAGAAGCUUUGCCACCUUUUUCUUGAUAUUUCAGGGAUAGUGAUAUUGUGUUUUAGAAGAAAUUGAGAACUGAGAAGUUAAGCGACAUAGCCCUCCCUUCCCUCUGCACUGUGCCGGUCCUCUUUUCCUCUCCCCCCUCCCUCUCUCUACAUAUCCUCCGUCUGGUCUUAGCUGUGGGGAUGAAUGCAGACGGAGACAGAUGGUACAGUAUAGUUAGUGUACUAGGAACUGAGGGUGAAGGAAAGAGUUCUGUGUCUCGCUGGACUGGACUAGGCUGAGAGAGGAGAGUGCUACCUGGUCAUGGGAUGCUGUAGUGUGACUCAGGGAGGAGCGCAUUCCGGGAUUGACGAUGUGGGCCCUGACGAGAUCGAGCUCCUGGAGAUUGACAACUCAGGGAUAUGGAGUCUAGGAGAGAGCAGGCUUCAGCUCUCCGUGAGGAAUGGAAAAGAUGGUCCACCCUCUCGCUACCCUUCAGUGAGACACCUCAACCAGGAGGUUGUGCUAUGGGGCAGGAGCAGAGAGGAGCUACACCACAGAAUCUACAACCAGCCCAUCCGUGACUGGGAGGGCCAACCUACACACAUGUAUGGAGAGAUAGUGCAUUCCUCCCUGGUGUCUCUCCACAACAGCUACACACAGGAGACACGUGAACACUAUCUGGUGCUGUUCUCCUUCCACUUGUUGAUCCUAUCUCUGGACCACUCUCACCAUGAUUUUAUCUAUGAGGGCAUGCUGCCUCUCUCUGGACUGUCUUUCCAAGCCACUUCACUAGCCUCCAACUCGCAAACCAUGUUCCAGAUCAGUGGUCCAAUGGUGGACUCCAAAGUAUUCACCUGUGCCAGUGCAGCAGAGAUGAACAAAUGGAUACACCACAUGGAGGAGAGGAAAUACAAAUCCAUGAGCCAACUGCUAAGCCCCUCCCACUGUGCACUGUCUUACCUGGUACCCUGCGAUGAGAUCUGGAAGAAAGAGGAACUGAAAAUGUAUUUACUGCAAGCCCCAAUUCAGCAGUGGGAAGGGGCCCCCAUCCAGCACAUGGGCCAGCCUGUAUACAUAUCCAUGGUCCACAUCAUCAACACACAGAGACAGGGACUCCAUCAGCAACUUCUAGUACUCUUCCCUCAAGAUGUCCUCCUGCUCUCUGUGGAUAACAAGAGCCUCAGUGUCAUAUAUGAGGGUAGAUUGCCUCGGAAAAGCAUCACAGCCGUGGAGAGGUCAGCAUUACCUGGGAGGCUGGAGUUCGAGUUAGCAGGUGAACUGAUUGAGCCGCUGCAGGUAUCUUGCACCUGUCCUGAAGAAUAUCAGAAUUGGAUCUUCCAGCUACAACAGCAGGAAAAAAACCUCCAAGCUACCUCAAACCACCCGGCUCCACCUCUCAUGCCAAAAAAACAAAGGAGCAGAAAGGAGUCCCAGGAACCAAUGAUAAUUGCACAUUAAUGAGACUAACUGACCAAUGGCCUCACAAUAUAGAAGACUCAUGCCUCUUUUCAUUAAUAGACACUAUUUGUGGAUAUCAUGUAUACAGUUCCUUUAGAAAGUAUUCAUACCCCUUGACUUAUUCCACAUUUUGUUGUGUUAUAGCCUGAAUUCAAAAUUGAUUAAACGUAUAUUUUUUUCUCACCAAUCUACAUAAAAUAGCUCAUAGUUAGUGAAAACAUGUUUUUAGAAAUGUUUGCAAAUUUACUGGAAAUGAAAUACAGAAAUAUCUAAUUUACAUAAGCAUUCACAUAAGCAUAAGCAUUCACACCCCUGAGUCAAUACAUGUUGGAAUCACCUUUGGCAGCUAUUACAGCUGUGAGUCUCUCUGGGUAAGUCUCUAAGCGUUUCGACACAUUGAUUGUAUUAUUUUAUUUUAUUUUAAUUUAAGCUCAAAGUGGUUGUUGAUCAUUGCUAGACAGCCAUUUUCAAGUAUUGCCAUAGAUUUUCAAGACAAUUAGUCAAAACUGUAACUAGGCCACUAAGGAACAUUCAAUGUCAUCUUGGUAAGCAACUCCAGUGUAUAUUUGGAAUGAUCUUUUAGGUUAUUGUCCUGCUGAAAGGUGAAUUUGUCUCCCAGUGUUUGUUGGAAAGCAGACUGAACCAGGUUUUCCUCUAGGAAUUUGCCUGUGCUUAGCUCUAUUCCAUUUAUUUUUUAUCCUUAACAACUCCCUAGUCCUUGCCGAUGACAAGCACACUCAAUAACAUGAUGCAGCCACCACCAUGCUUGAAAAUAUGAAGAGUGGUACUUAGUGAUAUGUUGAAUUUGGCCCAAAUAUAACACUUUGGAUUCAGGACAUAAAAUGUAUUUCUUUGCCAAAUGUUUCGCAGUUUUACUUUAGUGCCUUGUUGCAAAAAUAUUUUUAUUCUGUACAGGCUUCUUUCUUUUCACUCGGUCAUUUAGGUUAUUAUUGUGGAGUAACUACAAUGUUGUUGAUCCUUUCUCAGUUUUCUCCCAUCACAGCCAUUAAACUCUAACUGUUUUAAAGUCA